UCAAAAUGAAAAGGUCAGUUAAUGCUGGUAGUGUUCGUCUGGACGAGGAUCUGAUGAAGAAAGGAUGGGUUGUCUUCACGGGUGGAUUGGAUAUUGCGGGAAACCCACUGAUAACUUUUCCUGCCUUGGAACAGGUAUCGUCUUGGACAUCCGACACUCUUCUUCGGCUCUUGCUGUACAUGACGGACAUUGCAGAACUUAUUUUGAAAAGGAAAGCAAUGGCUUUUUUGGCCGAUUUUCAGAGAGGAUUCAGUGAAGAGAAGAUGGCAAUGUUGAUACAAGCACUGCAAUCCCUUGAGUCAGAAAAGAAAGGUACUGUUGCAAUUCUCUAUGUCCUAAAACCAAAGUCCAGAGGCAAAAGUCAUACACUGAAAAAGUUACUUGGCAUCAAACAAAAGAAGGACCAAGUGACGUUUGUGAGCCAGUUCAAAUCCAUUUUGCUGAAGUCUAUCACUGCCUUGCAUACUCAGAUUGAACCAUCGCAACUUAUGAGAGACUUUGGCGGAACCAUCGCAUACGACCAACAUUCCUGGAUGUACUUCUACAAGAAAAUCCUGCCGACAGUAGCUCUCUCUGAAGAGACGCUAGAGAGGUCUGUGGACAUUAAGGACAAAACCUUACUGUUGAAAGAUUAUGAAAUCGCCGGUCAUUCGUCAAGAGAACUAAGGAGGCAUAAAAAGGACAUUCAUCAGCGAUAUAAAGAACUUCAAGGGGAGAAUCACAUCAAGACCUCCAUUCAAAAAUGCAAGCAGGCUUUACACCUGCUUGACGAACAUUCUGAGAACGACCCCUUGGGCCACCUCCAUCACUUGCUUAUUAUGGAAGUCACCACAAAUGUGAGGACAAUGUAUCACCAGCUGUUGGAACUGCAAAAGGAGUUGGAACAAAUAUGGAAAGAACUGAAUGAUUUACUUGACAAAGAAAUUGCGAUUAAAACCAAGAGUGAAGAAGCAGAAAUACUGUGUAUGGAGAUAUCGGAGCGGUUCUGGCCUCUUUUGACUCAGCACCCAACAAUUGCUUCCUGCUUGAGCCAAGCGGAGAUGUUCAGAACUCAUUUUACGACAACAUUAUAUGACCCUGCAACGCAAAUGAUGUCCACAGCCACGCAAAUUCUUCAGCAUCUUCGUAUUGUUAAAAACGAGAGUACUGACCAUGCGCCACAAGUGAAGGCUCUUGUCAGCAGACUGACCAAUACCGUUCGUCCAUUUACUCAUCAGCUUAACUCCAUCAACCAAAUUUACACAUCCGUUCAUGUCUUCUUCUUUAUUUUUGAGAAGUCUCUGACCUGGUACAAGAGAUCUCUUAGUUUUAUCCCCAACUCGCUCUGUAAUCUUGCUGUGGAAACAAACCCAGAGGAAGUAUCCUUUCUUUCGGCACCCCCUGACUGGAAGUACAGUGUAAGAAUGUUUCUGAAGAAGCACCCAGCUCCGCGCGAGGAUCACGUUGCUGGACUCGAUAAAAAUGCACCAAGGGAAAUAGACAUUCCAUCAAAAACAAGAGGAAGAAAACUAGCAAAUAGACUUCGUAUUUUAAUUUCGAUCAUGCAAGAUACAUACCUGGACGUGAACUGUAUUAAGGCUAUACAUGCAUGGAAGCAGGAUGAACUUACUGACGCCGAAAACCCGGAAUUCAAUGAAUCAGAUCAACUUGGUGAAGACGUUCAUGCUAAACUCCUUUCUCCAUUCAAAAGUCAGAGACCUUCUAGACUUAGACGAAGGAUGUGUAGAUCACGAAGCAGCCAUCAGAAUCAACACAGCAAGAGAUCAUUUAGAAUUGGAUGUGAUGGAAAAGUGAGGCACGUUGUACAUGAGUCAUCGGAUAAUGACGGUCCUGGCUUUUCCUCUGAGAGUGGCAGUUUAGGUAAAGGAGAAGGGUUGGUGAAUUAUUGUCAAGGAGAAAAAAACUGGAGACGACAGAUCAAGCAUCAGCCACUUUCCAAAAGGAUUCGAAGUUUCAGAAGUACGUCGUCGAUUCAGUCUUCAGGAAAUUGGUCAAUGAAGACGGAUAGCGCUGUUGAUUUUAUCUAUAAAAUCACGUCUUCCAAGUCUCUAUCUAGCGAGAAGAAAUUGCAGUUUGUGUCCGAUAUCCUUCUUGUCAUAGAAGAUGACGACGACGAUUGUGAAAAGGAGGUUUACGAUGGUUACAGCACAGCCAACGAAACAUUAUUUGCAAACCGAUCACUCAGCAGAACACCAGCUGAAACGGUUUCAGAACUGACGGGACGUCUUUGUAAAUCUCUGGACAAUAUUAUAGGUUCAGAGAUUCUUCCUGACCAGCGAAGUCUUUCUUCCAAUCCAGGAACAAAAUCAUUAAGCAAUAUAAGGAAGACUGAUUCAGAAGUCCAGUUAUGGAAGCAAAUCGAGAGUCGUUCUGCUUCCAUGAAAAGCGUCCAUAUAGACGACAGAGGGUUUUCUUCGAAAUCAGACGAAUCCGCAGAUGACAUAGACGACUCUGCACCAAUAGAAGUCCUUACCAGAAACAGACCCACGCGACAAAAUAUUCGAAGAAAAAGACGAAACACAACUGACAACUGUGAUUUGAGUGCGAUACAGAAAGAUUCCCUAGUCCGGAAUAACAGUGAUAUGAUUUUAGCAAUAAAUCCAGCAGACUCCGGACUGACCAAAACAGGCCUUACGGGAAAACAAGAAAUAAAGGGUGGAAUCUCUUCCUCUCUUGACCUCAACCCAUUCCUGCCUGGUGCAUACUCUGGUCAUAGUUUAAAGUCUGAUGCCACAAUAGAUACCUGUUUGUCUGCCAUUGACCCUAAAUAUCCCCAAAGUCAAUUUUACAUUGGGGAGUCAUCAACCAGAGGAAAUGGAGAAUAUGACGUGUAA